CAGGUUUUUGCUUGCCAGGGCCAAUGAGGCGGCCUCACGACACCUAAUUAGCCUAUCAGAACCCGCUUGAUAUCCAAGCCGAGUGAGAGUAUAUCGAUAGCCAGCAUGGCCAAUCAUCUCCUUCGCUCUUCAGACCAACCAGUCUACGUGUCGACCGCCGAGGGGGUGGAUAGCCACUUAGAUAUCUACUUACACAGCCUGGUCGGCACUCUGCAAAACGAGCUGAAAGGGAAUCUUUUGGCUGUCUAUCUCUUCGGCUCUGCUGGGUACGGCGCAUACGAGCCUGGGAUCAGCGAUGUUGACGUUUAUGCCAUUGUUAAUGAAUCGGUACUGGAUUUACAUAAGCUUUCUCGCACUAUAAGCCAUGCCGCUAUACCUUGUCCAGCACGCAAGCUUGAAUUCGUCCUCUUCACUAGAGCCAAUGCUGCCAAACAAACGGCCCACCCCGUCUUCGAAAUGAAUUUCAAUACAGGAAGAAAUAUGCAUGAAUACUUGAAUUUGAACGCUCUGACUGAGCCUCGGUUUUGGUUUCUGCUUGACAUUGCUAUCGGCCGUGACCUGGGAAAGUCACUUUUUGGACCACCUCCUCAUACACUUUUCCCUGCUCCGAAACGAGAGUGGAUCUUCGAUUGCAUGUUUGAAUCUUUAGCCUGGCAACGCCGGAACGGACCCAUAUGUUGUGACGGCAUUCUCAAUGCGUGUCGUGAAGUGAGUUAUGCAAAAACAUUUAGAUGGGUCUCCAAAAUGGACGGCGGUGCCUGGAUGCUCGAAAAUUAUAACCACCCCAACAUUGUUGAUCUUGCGAUGAAGGCUCGGCUUUCGAAGGCAGGCUUGCCACAGGAUUUGGCUUCAGAAUUCUUGGGUUUUGUGGAGAACGAACUCAGGGGAUGCAGGGCAAACUAAUACUUUCAAGAAUAAGUAGAUUAAAGGCCGUGUCUUCUCCAAUAAUAUUUUGGCCAGCCAGAUUGGUACAGUGAUG